AUGACUCAGACGGGCUCCCUCUGCACCGUGACUCCCAGCGGGUCAAAAGAUGAUAGCGCCGCUAUCAUGGAUGCUUUCAAGCAAUGUGGCAAAAACGGCCAGAUCGAAAUUGUUGAAGGGGAUUACACGAUUGCCAAAGUCAUGGAUGUGCUGAAUCUGGAGAACUGCGACAUCUCCAUUAAAGGGAAACUUACCUGGAACGAUGAUAUCCAGUACUGGCUGAAGAACAGUAUUUCAGUCACGUACGCACAGCGCUCGACCGCCUGGCGGCUCGGUGGAACGAAUUUCUCUAUUCGGGGCCAUGGAAAGGCCCUUUUCUUUGGCAAUGGGCAGAAGUGGUACGAUCAGAACCGGAAUAAUGGAAACCAGGCCGGACGCCCCAUUUCCUUUACGCUAUGGAAUGCCAAGAAUGUUUUUAUUGACGGGAUAACCUGGCGGCAGCCUCAGUUCUGGCAUACGUUCGUUGCGCACUCGCAGAAUGUUACGAUGACGAACUUGGACAUGAAUGCAACAUCGAACUCGCAAUGGUCGACUGUGAACACCGACGGAACUGAUACUUGGAAUUCAAAAGACAUCACAAUCAAGAACUGGGUCGUGACAUGUGGAGAUGACUGCAUAUCCAUCAAAGGCAACAGCAGUAACAUAUAUGUGAAAAACGUCACCUGCUAUGAGUCCGGCGCCAUGUGCAUUGGAUCUCUAGGGAACCCAGCCACAACGCCUGACUAUGUCGACAACGUAGUCUUCGAAGACAUCACAGCUAUCCACUCUUCCAACGCUGCGUGGAUAAAGACCUACCCUGGUCAGGGCCACGUGAAAAACGUCACAUUCCGAAACAUCAACUUCCGCGACGUAAAUCAGCCUAUCUACAUUUCCCCUUGCAUCUACUCCUACUCAAAUUGUGAUAGUUCUCGGUUGAAGAUAAGUGAUAUCACGUGGGAAAAUAUUACAGGAACGAGUCGGUAUAAUGUGGCGGCAGGGAUUCACUGCAGCAGUGCAGCCCCUUGUACAGGGUUGAAGUUUAGUGGCAUUGAUAUCAAACCAAAGAACGGAGGGACUGCGAAAUUUCUCUGCAGUAACAUGAACAGCGAUAGUGGGUUGCAAUGCACGGGAAGCUGUCCCGCGAACUGGAAGCAGCAAUUGGAUGGGAAUGCGUAG